UGUGAUACGGUUCCGAAGGAUGAACUGGAUAUGGACAGUUCCAAUAAGAUUUCAUUCUUGAACAAAAAUCCAUUUUUUUAUUUAUUUCAUCUAUUCCAUGAACGGAAGAGGGGGGGAUACACGUUACGCCACGAUUUUGAGUCAGAAGAGAGAUUUCAAGAAAUGGCAGAUCUAUUCACUCUAUCAAUAACCGAGCCGGAUCUGGUGUAUCAUAAGGGAUUUGCCUUUUCUAUUGAUUCCUACGGAUUGGAUCAAAGACAAUUCUUGAAGGAGGUUUUCAACUCCAGGGAUGAAUUGAAAAAGAAAUCUUUAUUGGUUCUACCUCCUAUUUUUUAUGAAGAAAAUGAAUCUUUUUAUCGAAGGAUCAGAAAAAAUUGGGUCCGGAUCUCCUGCGGGAAUUUUUUUGAAGAUCCAAAACCAAAAAGAGUGGUAUUUGCUAGCAACAACAUAAUGGAGGCAGUCAAUCAAUAUAGAUUGAUCCGAAAUCUGAUUCAAAUCCAAUUCCAAUAUAGUCCCUAUGGGUACAUAAGAAAUGUAUUGAAUCGAUUCUUUUUAAUGAAGAGACCUGAUCGCAACUUCGAAUAUGGAAUUCAAAGGGAUCUAAUAGGAAAUGAUACUCUGAAUCAUAGAACUAUAAUGAAAGAUACGAUCAACCAACAUUUAUCGAAUUUGAAAAAGAGUCAGAAGAAAUGGUUCGAUCCUCUUAUUUUUCUUUCUCGAACCGAGAGAUCCAUAAAUCGGGAUCCUAAUGCAUAUAGAUACAAAUGGUCCAAUGGGAGCAAGAAUUUCCAGGAGCAUUUGAAACAUUUCGUUUCUGAGCGGAAGAGCCGUUUUCAAGUAGUGUUCGAUCGAUUAUGUAUUAAUCAAUAUUCGAUUGAUUGGUCUGAGGUUAUUGAUAAAAAAGAUUUGUCUAAGUCACUUCGUUUCUUUUUGUCCAAGUUACUUCGUUUUUUGUCCAAGUUACUUCUCUUUUUGUCUAACUCACUUCCUUUUUUCUUUGUGAGUUUCGAGAAUAUCCCCAUUCAUAGGUCUGAGAUCCACAUCUAUGAAUUGAAAGGUCCGAACGAUCAAC